UUUGCAAAGCUCUUGAGCUUUUCGGCCAUUUCUCUGUAUUGGAGAGAACAAAGAGGGAGUUGUAAUUCUAAAAAGAAAAACAAAAUGGUGAGAGCUCCUUGCUGUGAGAAGAUGGGAUUGAAGAAGGGUCCAUGGACUCCUGAAGAAGAUCAGAUCUUGGUAGCUUACAUUCAAAGAUAUGGCCAUGGGAAUUGGCGGGCCCUUCCCAAACAAGCCGGACUGUUGAGGUGUGGAAAGAGUUGCAGACUCCGAUGGACGAAUUACUUGCGACCGGAUAUUAAACGAGGGAACUUCAGCAGAGAAGAAGAAGAAACUAUAAUCGAAUUACAUGAAUUGCUCGGGAACAGAUGGUCUGCCAUAGCUGCAAGAUUACCAGGCCGAACUGACAAUGAGAUUAAAAAUGUCUGGCACACCCACCUGAAGAAACGCCUCAAACAAAAUCCAGCGGUGUCGGAAACAAGACGACACACUGCAGAAAUGCUUGAUUUGGAAGCCUAUAUGGAGAGUGACCUGAAACAUGAGAAUUUUCCAAACCACCAAGGAUUCGAAAGCGCCAACUACGUCCCAGUGUCCCCACAACAAUCUUCAAGUGAUUUAUCCUCACAAGGCACUGAUUGCAGUGCCAGAUCAUGUGAAGAGCGCAACAUUGUCACUGUCGACGAGCAAACCACGAAAAUUAAUGGGAAUUCUUGGGGAAACGUAUUGUCAGCAGACAAUUCAGGCAUGCCGGAAGAUUUCUUCCCAGCAAUUGCCUCCGAUCCCCAACUUCAAUUUCCAUUCUCUUCUUCAUUGUUUUCAGAACCCGUUUAUCCACACCUAUACGGCCAGGACAACGACGAUAGCAUGGAUUUUUGGCUCAAUGUCUUUAUUGAAGCAGGAGCAUUACCGGAGCUGCCGGAAAUCUGAGGACAUUUCAUCGGCUUUUGGGUGUCUUAGUUGGCGGGGAAGUGAUUUGAAUUCUUCAUUUCUGGUUGUUGACCGUUGGGAAAGGUGGGAAUUUCAAGAUGGGCAAAAUGUCCAAAAGCUCUAACCAUUGAUGAAACCAAAAAGAUGGGUGGUGGAGAUUCGAACGGAACAGAACGGAAAAGAAUAAGAAAAGAAAACCGUUGGUGAUGAGAUUUUGAACAGAGAGUGAAAUUGAAAUUUCCACUGUCGAUAGGGUAUUUUUGUACAGGGAAGGCCAACAAAUGUAAGUGGGACGGUCCACAUAGACUAACACUGACAGAGACCUUUCUCUGCUAGGAACAUUUGUAUCUUGUAACCCUAAUUCCAUUUUCAUAGAUUUUAUAAAAGUCCCAUUUGGAUAGAA